AUGCAUGUUAUAGGACUGGAGAAGUGGGCAAAUAGGAAGAAAGUGGUUGAUCUAUAUGUGGAACACAUUAAGAAGAGUUCUUCUGAUGAGAAUGAUUCAGACAAUGAAGAAUAUUUACAGGGUGAAUCUUCUGAGUCUAAAUUUUUUUAUGAUAGUAAAUAUGAUACGGAGAAUUCACCAUCGUAUGAGAAUGCAAUUGAUGGUGAUGCAAACUUUGUUGGGAAGGGAAAAGUUAAAAGUGACAAAGAUAAAAGGGUUGAAAAUAACAAACAAAAAAAGGAUCAAAAUACUCGGGCAACAGGAAUGGACAAUGACUAUAGUUUAGGAGGUGAAGAUUGUGAGUUGAAUGAGAAAAGAAGCCUUAGUGGCUUAUCUGAUGGGGAUGAAGCAAGGCGUUAG